AUGGGACCGGAAGUGGAUGGAGAAAAUAGGAUCUUGGUAAGGAAGAAGUGCCAAGAGGAAGAGGGUUUAGAGAAGUAUGAGAAAGAAGUGUUCAGUGAAGACAGAGAUGUGGAAGAUGAAGAUACGAAAAAUGAAGCAAGGAAGGCAUGGAAGAUAGGAUUUCAAUUAAAGCUGGAUUGUAGUGAAGAACAAAAAACAAUUGAACAGUUGAGAAGAGAAAUCAGAGGUAUUAGGGGAAAAGGAAAAAUGGGGUGUAUGAAGGAGUUUAUUCGAAAUUUUUGUCUAUGGUUUUUUGGAAUGGUAGAAACGAAGUCUUCUAUUAUAUCUGUUAGCUGUGUUAAUAAGAUGUGGGGUCAAGGAGAUUUUGGUUGGGAUAAGAUAGAUGUAACUGGAUCUGCGGGGUGUAUUCUCUGUGUGUGGGAUACGGAAGCUUUUGCUGAAAGUGACAGAUUAAAGGUGAGUAGGUGCAUUUGUGUAUGUGGAAAACUAAAACAAUUAGGAAUGGAUCUAGCAAUUAUGGUUGUUUAUGGUGAUCACUCAGUAGUGGGAAGACGAAAUUUAUGGAAGGAAUUGGUAGAUGUUAAAAAUAGUUGUGGCAUGCCAUGUAUUGUAAUAAGGGAUUUUAAUGAAGUAUUGAACACUGAAGAAUGGAAUAGUGGUAGAGGUAGUGCGGUUGGCAUGUCAGAGUUCAAACAAUGGAUCCAGGAUAUGAACCUUGUGGAUUUACCACUGAAUGGAAGAAAAUCCACUUGGAGGAGAGGAAGUCAAGCUAGCCAUCUCGAUAGAAUAUGUGUAGAUCCGAGCUGGAUUCAAAAUUUUUCAAAAUCUACAAUAGAGGCGAUAAAGUGUUCAAGAUCAGAUCAUGUACCUUUAUGUUUGAAGGUGGAUUACACUGAUUGGAGACCUAAACCUUUCAAGCCAUUGGAUAUAUGGUUUUCUCAUCCAUCAUUUAUGCCAAUGAUUGAAAAAGAAUGA